AUGGCGGGCUUGGCAGGACUGCGAAGUCGUGCUGCUGCCUCGAAAGUCAUAUUUUCUGGUAUUCAGCCAACUGGCGUGCCGCAUUUGGGCAAUUACGCGGGAGCCCUGCGCCAGUGGGUAUCUCUGCAAAACGAGGAACCAGUCACCACCAGUCUCAUUUAUUCAGUUGUUGAUCUCCAUGCCAUCACCACGGCACAACCUCGAGAAAGUUUGAAACAAUGGAGAACAGAGGCACUGGCGUCAUUGCUGGCUAUAGGCCUGGACCCUGACCGGUGCACCAUCUUCCACCAGUCCUCUGUGCCUGCACAUGCAGAGCUCAUGUGGAUCCUCAGCUGUACAGCAUCUGUCGGGUAUCUAUCACGCAUGACCCAAUGGAAGUCGAAGCUCAAUCUGGCAGAGUCCUCGAGCAUUGAGGAAAAGAAAGUAGGCGGCCAGCUCAAACUGGGUCUCUUCUCGUACCCCGUCCUGCAGGCAGCUGAUAUACUGGUCCAUCGGGCAACACAUGUGCCGGUUGGGCAAGACCAACAACAACAUCUAGAAUUUGCCCGCGAAUGCGUGACAAAUUUCAAUUCUGCCUAUGGCAAACAUCUUGUAGCGCCAGUUACCCUCUGUGCUCCAAUCUCACGCGUCAUGUCCCUCACUGACCCGACCGCAAAAAUGUCCAAGUCGCACAAGGCUGAGCGAUCUCGUAUCCUCUUGACCGAUGGGCCGGAUCAGAUUCGGAAAAAAAUCGCCUCUGCACUUACGGACUCGCAAGCAGGCAUUGCGUACGAUCCUGCCAACAGACCAGGAAUUUCUAACCUACUGGACAUAUUGUCGAUUUUCGACACCAGAACGAGGUCUUCAUCCGAGCUCGCCUCAGACUACUCCGACCUUUCUGCCAGACAGCUGAAGGACAUGGUUUCAGAUGUUGUCAUAACUGGGCUGGCUGGCUUCCGCCAGCGAUAUCAGGAACUGCUGGGCUCGCGCCGUGAUUUUCUCGACAAGGUAGAAGCUGAUGGAGCAGCCAAAGCCAGGCGGAGCGCUGCGGAAACGAUGAGCAAAGUUAGGGAAGCUAUAGGUCUUGCUGGUGCAUCCUGAGCCGAGGCAUCGAGGUUCUGCGGCCAGGGACUGUGCGACAGUAGACAUGGCGCGGGACAAUUCCAGAUCCCCGAACGGAAGCGAUAAAAGCAGAUCAAGAAGCAUACGCAAAGCUGGACCCUCGCGCUGCGAG